UGACGUCGGUCCGAGUUUCGGAGCGUUUAGUGGACAGAGUAACUUUAGAGUGGGAGAAUCCAGAUCCAGCCUGGAAACAUCCUGAGUGUUAAUGACACAAACGCAUCUAUAACCCAGAAGACGACGAGGACAAAUGUUGUGUCAUAUAGGAUCUCCAACCUGCAGCCUGGGACGAUGUAUCAGUUCAGCGUGAUCACAGAGUUCUCUGGACUGAAGAGUUCUGCUUACACCGAUCACACAUUAACACAAAUCGACUGCAGUGCCGUAUCCUGGAGUGUCACCAACUCAUCAAUCCAGGGAACAGUUGAAGGCUUGUUCUCCAAAGCUACGGCCUCUAAUGGAUCUGAAACUCUCAUCAGUCCCGAAGGGAAAGACGUGAAAUUUUCUGGUCUCUUUCCUGGAGCAACAUAUCAGAUUUCUCUGCAGUAUCAAACAUCGUCUCAACUUUAUCCACAGUGUAGCAUCAAGAUACCCAUCAUUCCUCCUUCUGUAGCUCCAGCCUGCAGCUACUGGGGCUCUGGCUACAGCGCUCUGGUUAAAUGGGACGAACCGGUUGGUGUGUGGACGGCAGCUGAGCUCAACAUAAACGGGAAAACUCUCACUUUUCAUCCAAAUGACAAUGAGCUCAUUGUGAACGGACUUCAACCGGCCAAAACGUAUAAAGUCUCUGUGAUUUCAAAGCUGGAAACAGAAACUGAUCCCUUAAGAUCUGAACCAUUUGUUUUUAUCUGCUCCACUGAUAACAGAGGAGUCAUUGCAGGAUCAGUGGUUGGUGUUCUGCUUUGUGUUGCUGGAGUCUGUGCGACUGCUUUUAUAGUCCUCAGGAAAUCCGACUGCAUCCGAAGAAAAAUGCCUUUCAGACUUGGAUCCAAAACAACAAAUAGAAGUGGAGAAAAUGUUUCUGCAGACAAAUUUCCAAACCACUUCCAUCAGCUGAGUUUGGAUGAAAACAGAGGCUUCAGUCAGGAAUAUGAGGCUCUCGUUUCUGUUGGCACAAGCCAGACGUGCAAGGCAGCGAUUCUACCAGAAAACAGAGAGAAGAACCGUUUUGACAUCCUGCCUUAUGACUGGUGUCGAGUUAAGCUUAAUUCAUCAUCAGCCCCCAAAGACAUGGAUUAUAUAAAUGCCAGUUACAUACCAGGCUACAGCAGCAGCAGAGAGUACAUCGCCACGCAGGGUCCUCUGCCCCACACCGUGGCUGAUUUCUGGCGGAUGAUUUGGGAACAAAGCGUGAAGAGAGUUGUUAUGGUUACCAACCACAUCGAAGCAGGAGGGAACAAAUGUGCUCAGUAUUGGCCUGAAGACAUGAAGCAGAGUCAGUAUGGAGACGUGUUGGUCUCUGUAACAUCCGAACUGAAGGAACAGAACUGGACGCUGAGGCAGUUUACCAUCAAACAGAAAAGAAGCUCAGAGCAACGAUCAGUCAGACAUUUCCACUUCACUGUGUGGCCUGAUCGCGGAGUCCCUCAGGGCACAGACGUCCUGAUCCAGUUCAGAAGGAUUGUGAGGCAGGACAUAGAGAGUGACGGAUCAGAGGCACCGACUGUGGUUCACUGCAGUGAUGGAGUGGGAAGAACGGGAACUUUCAUCGCUCUGGACUUCCUGCUGCAGCAGCUGGAGAAACAACAAGCUGUCGGCAUCAAGGACUUUUUACACAGGAUGAGGCGACAUCGAUCACACAUGGUGCAGACGGAGUCGCAGUACAUUUUUCUGCACCAGUGCAUCAUGGACCGCCUGCAGCCGGGCGCGGCGCAGGAGGAACACAUUUAUGAGAACGACGACACGAUGUACGCCAACACCAUCCAGCUGGAAGAAAUUAUUUAACACAAAACUGGUUUCAUUCCACUGGUAGAUAAUAUAGAUAAUAGUAAACCAGUUCUUUGGACAGAUUGAUAAAAAUUUUGAUGAUAUCGAUACCAAGUCGGUAUUAGUAUUGGAUAGAUAUUAAAAUGUACUCUUUGGUUUCAAAUUUUCUGUUGAAAUUUAUUUUAUUUUUGUAUUUUUUAUCUCUGCCUUAAAAGAAGAUAUUGUGAGAUACACAAAUUAGUUUAUUUUCCCGUUUAUUGUGUUGAUGUUAAAGUAUUUUGUAGAUGCCUAUCAACUUUUUCCAAAUUCUGUCUUAGCAUUUAAAAAGAAAAACUAUAAAAUAGGUCAGAAGCUUAUUAAGACAAACUUAAAUAAUAAAAAGUAUCAGUAUCAGUAUUGGUAUCAGUAUCGGUAUCGGUAUUGGUGAUUUACUUGCUAUCAGAUCGAUACCAAAACAUGUAUCAUGCACACCUCUUGUCAAGAUGUGAUUAUUU